AUGAUGGCGAUGGUGAUGACUGGCCGUGUGCUGCUGGUGUGUGCCCUCUGCGUGCUGUGGUGCGGUGCCGGAUGGGUUUAUGCAAGAGAAUUCGAGAACAACGCAGUGGGUGGCUGCAUGGCGUCGGGAGUGUUGGGUGAGAAUGGGUUCCAUAUGCCCAGCGGAUGUGCUAAAACUGUGCUCGCGCUGCCAUUGCGAUCAACGUUGCCCGUCACUGCCGCUGGAGUUCCGACUAGCGAGGAAGAGUCUGAAAAGAACUUCAGUAAUCCCAAUUUAAAGCCCCUAUCACCUCCUGUGUCUGGUGGCAGUCAAGGUGUUUCUGGCGGUUCUGGUGGUGCUGGUCAAAGUGGUGGAGCUGACAAUAACGCUGUUGUUGGUGGUGUUGUUGGCCCCAGUGGAAGUUCUUCUGGAGGUGUUGUUAAUUUUUUGGUGUCUGAUUCUUUUUCUGCCGCUACGCCUUCACCGAGUAAUCCCGUUGGUGCUGAUGGUUUGCAGGGCAGCAAAGGUACGACAUCCACCGUGAGCAUGGAUGCUCCAGAAACAGGUGUUAAGUCACAAUCAGCACGACCUCCAGCACCCGCACAAACCAACUUGGAUAGACAAGAAGUGUCAAUAACAAAUGCAGAAACUCAGUCCUCUAUUAAACCACACGCAGCAGGGAAUCAAAUUGUUAAUGGUGAUGAAACCGGAAGGGAGAUCGAGCGUAAGGCCGCAGUGACGGGAGGACCUCCAAGCAACCAACAACCAACACCAUUGCAACCAGUUCAACAAGAACAACCAACAACAGACUCGCAUACUCGGCAAAAGGAAGAAAGAGACUCCGAAGAAGCACCAUCACCACCACCAUCACCGUCACCGACAAAUUCCACAGAAGGAAUCCCAGCAACAAGAGAAUUGCAAAUUUCAACAGAGAAAAAAAAACAAACGUCACCGUCAGAAACCCAAAAGGAGCUUGUGGGACAAGAAAAGCCUUCAAAGGGUGACGCAGCAGAGCACAACACUAAGGGCACAACAAAAUCGGAUUCGGUGAAGGACGCAGUUGCCAGCGGCUCAGAGGAAACAACAGCUUCACCCAUCUCUACAAGUGGCGGUGCUGAUGCGCAGAAUGAGGUGAGUAAGGAUGGCGACAACGCUCAACGGACUAAUCACAAAGAAACACACAAACACCCUGAACCUGAUAAUACGAAUCCUGCUCCUACAGCCAAUAAUACACAACCACAAACAGCACUAACACUCAGCACCGUUCAAACAAAUGAUACGGCGACGCCUGGCGACAGUGACGGCAGCACCGCGGUCUCCCACACCACCUCCCCUCUUUUGCUUCUUCUUCUUGUUGCGUGUGCGGCUGCGGCUGCGGUGGUGGCCGCGUGA